AGUCUAUAAAGAAAUGGCCGGAAGAUCUGAAAAGAAGCGUCUUACUAGGGAAAAGAAUUUCGGCUUCUACUACUGUGUAGUCGCUGUGUUAUGUAUGACAUUGUGGGUUGUAUGCCAUUUAUUCAAUAAAGAUAAAUGUGCAAAAUUGGGUAACAAAAGGUUGAUCCUGAGAACAUCCUUAAUAGCGGUGCCAUACGGAUUAAGCCUUCUGUCUAUCUUCAGCAGCUUAAAAUUGGGUCUUCCCUUCAGCACAGCCAAUGAUCUUUUUUGUCUCACCACUCUCAUAUGCAUCCUAAGUAUUUUUGUUGAUUGGGCAUACAAACUACUUUUCGUAAUUCCAUUGUUCUUUGUAUUCAAGUUCGGCAAGUGGAUAUAUCAAUGGGCUCUUACUCCUGGCCCAGAACCAGCACAAAAUCCCCCCAAAACAGAAAAGGUUAAGAGAAAAUACAAAACAAUUAGAGUAUGAACUUUUUGGAAAAUGGAGAUAGUGGAAGA